AUGUUUUCUCAAACAUUAUUUAAAUUGUAUAAAAUAAACAUUUUUGUAAAUAGAAAUAGAAAUUUCAGCACAAAAUUGCUUAGUGAACACUCUGGUUGGCAUUUAAAAGUAUCGCUGUGUUUGGAAAGGCAGCCGCUCGAAUACACAGAGAAUGAAGUUGACAAAUUGUUUAGAGAAUUCUCAGAACUAUGGGCUUUUAAAACCAAAAACUCUCUCAGGAUUCCAUCCCUUUCAACAAUUGAACGUAAAAUAACACACAAGCUCGAGAGAUCAAAAGAAUCGGUAACAAAGUCAACAGUUACUGAUACACCAGACUCAAAUAAAGAAAUUACUGAAGAAGAUGAUUUGGAAUCGCUAUUAAGCUCAGAAUUAGAUUUAAAGUUGUUGCCUAGAAGAUCCAGAAGAGUCUUGGACAAAGAUUCAGUAAGUUCAAACCCACCUCAUGCAAUGGUCUAUUCAGACGAUGAUUUACAUAAUUUAAGAAGAUUCCCAAAAAAUUGGCUAUUUUUUUUAAUAAAAUACAAGAACUCACCGUGGUCCCUACCAGUUACUGACCUUUAUUAUGGUGAUUCUAUCAGAGAGACCCUUUUCCGUCUAUGUGAUGAACAAAUUUGUGAUACUUACAGACCAUACUUUCUGGGAUACUCACCUUUCACGUAUCAACAGUUACCAUUUAAAGCUCAAUCUACCUCAAGAUUUUCACCAAAACAAGACGUGAUAGGAGAAAAGAUUUUUUAUUAUAGAGCUAGACACAUCCCGUCUAGUGCAAUUGAAGCUGUGGCUACUGAGGGUGUUGAGGACUUUGCUUGGUGUACUUUUGAUGAACUUGUAUCUAAAUUGGAUAAGUCAAAGUACCACAAAGUUAUAAACUCACUUCCAAUAUUUAAUUUGAUGUAA